AUGAUUCUAAAUUUAUUAAAUGAAACAAUUGGUGGAUUAUAAGUUUUAUUAAGACAUAAAGAAAUUUAUACUGCAUUAGUUCAUACAAAUUAACCAAUUGACACACCUAUAGAAGAAUUAGAUACCUAGAUAAUAAAAAUGGUUGAAGAAACUCCUAAAUUUCCUAUAGACUUUGAGAUGUUUAGCUUUACAAAAACAUUUUGUGAUGCAGAAUUUAUAACUGGAAAUUAAAUCAUGUAAUUUGAAGAUACUAUGUGGCCUGAAUUUUAUAGAAGUAAAAAAGACUUUUAAGAGAUUAAAAAAUAAGAAAAUUUGAUUAGAAAAAAUUUUGUAAUUUCAAAAAAACUAUCUCCACUUUAAAUACAUACACAUCCAUUUUUUAAAUAGCCUCAUUACACUAAUUUUAUUACAACAAAUCCAAAUAUUUAAGAAUCAAAAAGUGAAGAUUUUGGAGUUCAUAAUAAAAUAGUACCAGCAUUCUCAAACUUCUAUGAUGCAGCAUAAUAUUUUAGAACUCUGAUUAAAUAAGAAGAUAGAGUUUACUAUGAUGUUGGUCCUUAAUGUUUACAUUAAGUACUAGAUUUACUUGAUCUUUAUAUUAUUACUAUAUAUUCUGGUUAAUUAGAUGACAAAUUUAAAGUAGGAAAAAUGCCAAAUUUUGACAUUAUUUUUAAAAAAUUUAAGCUUACUUAUAAGUCUUAAGUCUAUCCUUAACAUAAAGGGCAUAUGUAGUUUCUAGUUUUUGAAAAAUGA